GGGUCUCGUGCUUAGCCGAUAAAGUGUUUAGUGUACUGAUAAGUGCGUUGAAGUGUAAACAACUAAAUAUUGGCAGGAAAGCAAUUCUACCUAAACCUUUUUGGACGUCGGAUUCAUCGCAAGAUUUUACAUCAAAAACGGAGAACAAACUGGAUUACGACAGUCAGCAUGACCAACAGUCACAGCACAGUCAGGACGUCCCAGAAUGGGAUACUGGCUGGGCGGAAGGACCGGAAAAGGUGAUCGUAGAGGUUCGUGAGACGGCGACUGAUUCAUUUGAUCUGCUAGAAACAAGCACUGUAUAUAAUUCCACUGAAGUUUUAGAGGGAACUGGACCAAGCAUAGUUGUAAGACCAGAAGAAGCACUUAUUGUAAUUUUUGUACUUAUACUAUGGAUAGGUGCAAUCGGUCUCUUUUUCCACCGUUGGGGAAAGAUUCGAAUGCUAGAACCUUAUCAGCCAAAGUUCAUCCAGCAGCAUCGAGGUUCCUGUCCGUUAGUGGACCUGGAUCUGGAUUUACCACCCGUACCACAGAGAUCAUCAUUGUCCAAAAUGUCCUUGGGUCUGCAAUCAACAAUGACGUCUGUUUGCUCCGGAGGAUAUCCCGGAUAUAUUCGACCACGACAAAAUUCCGUUUUCGUCGGCCCGCACGUAUUUUCUCCUCCACAACCACCGCGGAAAACACGUUCCGCCGUCGAUAUCCACUCGAUGAUACUAAGCGAAGGCGAAAUGGAGGCGGUCUAGUUGCUCCACUUAUUUCCUAGUCCAGCCUCCUUCCUACCAACCAACCAACCUACCAACAGUCACAAAGAACGGAAGAUGCAUCCUACAAAACAAACUCAAUAUUUUUAUAUCGCGAUAUAUACAUAUUUACAUCUCGAUUUAUUUUUGUACGAAAGACGUACCGGGAAAUCGAAGAAAUGAAAACAGUAAUCGUAAACACAGUUCACCCUCGUUGAAUAUUGCUAAACAGUAGAUCAAUUUCUCUCAUAUUUGAAGUGUUGUUUAUACUCGUACCGUUUUACGACCAAACUAGACGUUGUUUCUCAAAACUAGCAUGUGUGGAUUUGAAUAGACUAAACGGGUUAUACUUAUAUAAAAUUCAUACAGCAUACCAUUUAUGAUAUACUGAGAGAAAGGAAUUCUAAAUAAAGCCUAUAAAUAACUGAGAAACAAGAUAAUGCAAUAUACAGCAUUUGUGCAAACUAUGAUUAUACACUACCCAUCUCAUUUCUCUCGAUAUAUGUUUUCGUUCUGGUUCUGGUUGCUUGUUGGAACGCAUCCAAUGCAACUACUCAUUAGUCAACGAACGUACGUACGUUCACGAUUGUUUUAUAGCCAACCGCCAAAAGUCAAUUGUUAGGGAGAAUGAUACAUAUUUUUGAACAAGUCUGACAACUAGACUUUUUUUUAUUUUACUAUUAAUUAAUUGGAAUUGUGGCGGCUCAAGCGGAAUUCGCGGCGCGGUAGUAAAGAAUUCGAAACGGUUUUCGGGAUUAAAACUAUUUAUUGCUCGUAGCGUGUAGCGUGUUCUACGUAUCAAAUUACUCUGGUGGUUUUCUUUCUAGUGUUGUUUGUGUACGUAUGUUCCUCGAUACCGAGGGGAGAUCUGAUGCCACAGAGCCCCCCAGUUACACCAAGAAUCGCACACGAUAACCGGAUGGGGUAACUAUCGUUCUGCUGCCAUCUGAUGGGAGUUGAUCUUCAUUUAGGUAGACGUAAGUUUGAGGCGAUCUAGUGAAAUUCUUUGGCUUUUUCCUCUAAAGUUGAAAUUCAAAAACUUGUCGCUUCGUGACAACACUUCGAAUGGUCCAUCGUUUUGCCUCUGCAAUAAUUUUUUAACGACAUCGAAUCGGAUGAAAACAUGAGUGCACUUUUUCAGAUUCAAAAAAAAUCCCUUAGAAUGGGAUAUAGUUUGGAUGGACUUAAGAUUAUCGAAUAUGCGAUGAAGUAAAUUUGAAAACUCCAUACGGUAUACUGUUUUUGGCUCAUCAAGGAAUUCACCAGGCACACGCAAGGUUUGGCCAUAUGCCAGAUUGGAUGCUGAACAUUUAUGGUCUUCUCUAUAAGCUGUACUGAUUGCAGUAAUGUUAAAGGUAAGCGAAAGCACCAGCUUCCUAGUGCUCCAAAUCCCACCGUGUGCGAUACCAUGGAAAUGUUCCAACACUGUUCUGCGAUGUUGUUUUAGAACGAAUGGGCGAACGAGAUUAGGUAUGGAGGUGUCGCUCACAGUAGAACUGUUUAGAUGAUUUGGGUAGUAUUUUUGGUACUAAUUUCAACGACGCUUUCAUUGAACUUUCUAGACCAACAACGUCUGGAUCGUCUGUUUGAUCAAGAGCCAUUUUAUGAUAGUCCACUGGAGAUGGUAGAGUAAUUUCAUGCACACGUGACAGAGGAUCGGCAACAACAUUUUUUGUUCCACUGAUGUGUCGAAUGUCAGUAGUGAACGGAGAUAUGUAUUGCAACGCUCGUUCAUCAUGCGGAAGUCGACAAGAUGAAUUUGUAGUUAAAGCGUGUACUAGUGGAUUGUGGUCCGUAAAAAUCGUAAAAACUCGCCCUUCGAGCAUGUACUGGAAGUAUAUUACCGCCGUCUUCAUGGCCAUUAAUUCUCUUCGAAAUAUGGAAUACUUACACUGUGCUGCUGCACACUUUUCUGAGAAAAAAACCCUAGUGGUUGCCUGAACCCGUUUACGUUCUGCUGCAUUGUGGCGCCCACGGAAGAAUUCGAAGCGUCGAUCAUCAGGGAUAGAGGUUUUCGUGGGUCGGAAUAAUAAAACAGUGUCGCGUCGACUAUGGCGUGUUUGCACCGAUCAAAAGCGAUGGACAUUUCGUCGGUCCAUUCGAUUUUACGUGUGUCGUUCUUCUUGUUUCCCACUAUGAGAUUCCGCAAGGCCGUUUGCAUGUCGGUUGCAUGUGCAAUGAAUCGUUUGUAUAUGUUCACGAGAGCGAGAAUUCCUUGAUGAUUUGAGGCUGGUCGUAACGCAUUACUGCAACCACGCGAUCUGGCAACGGACGAAUUCCAUCCUGAUCGAUGACGUAGCCAAGAAACUCAACAUUUUUAGAGCGAAUUUACAUUUGGGAAGGUUAAUGACCAGACCGUUGGUUUUAAGACGUUUGAAAACAAUGCGCAUGUACUGAAGAUGUUUCUCGGAGGACACAGAUGCGAUGUACAUGUCGUUGAAAACGACCAAACGACCACAAAAUCUAAAUCUGAAAAUUCUGUGCUGCGUUGCAUAGCACGAAUUGCAUCCUGGUAAUUUCAAAUGGACCAAACCGCAUAAUGAUUGAUGUUUUGUGUACAUGGUCGUCCUCAUAGGGGAUCUGGUGAUAUGCUCGAUGGUACUGAAAAAUGACUUACCGCGAAAGGCGUUAAGCAGGUCAUGUAUAUGGGGGACGGGAUACCUAUCGGAUAUACACACUAAAUUUUGUUUGCCGAGUAUCAGCAAAAUUUUGCUGAAUUUUGCCUUGCUGAAAUAUCAGCAAUAGUCUCAGCAAAAAAAAUUUCGCUGAAAUAACAGCAAUUUAAAACUGUCAAAAUUUGCUGAACUGUCAGUUUGAUUUGCUGGAACUCAGCAAAAUUGCCAUUCUUUCACUGAUUGUUUCAGCAAUCGAAACCUAUACAUUUGCUGAUUUUCGUCAACAGAAUGGGCUUUACUAAAAAUCAGCGAAACAAAAAUUGCAAAGCUGAACUCUUAGCAAAUCCUGUUUUGCUGAAAAGUUUCAGCAAAAUAUUUUGCUGAAACAAAAUACAAAAAAUUGGUGUGUAGUAACACUGUUCAGGCGACGGUAGUCCCCUACGAAACGAAGUUGACAAUUUUUCUUUGGUACACAAUGGAGAGGACUCGCCCUACUACUGCUCGAUUGACGACAUAUUCCGAGCUCCAUCAUCAGCUGGAACUCCUUUCUAGCAGCUACUAGUUUAUUUGGUGACAUCCGUCGGACUUUACUGGUCAUCGGUGGUCCUUUCGUUGUAAUAUGGUGCGUGACGCUGAGUACGCAUUGUUGGUGGCCGGGUGAUUGCUUGAAAUUCUUCCAAUAAAUCUCGAAACGGAUGACAAACGCCGAGUAUCAACGGUUGUGCAACACGUGGAAUCGACGAGGCGUCGAUAUUUCAAGUUCACGAUGAAUGCGAAAAACGAUAAUAAAUCAGCCCAAUGAUAGCCGCGCUUACGUCAGCAACGAGGCCAUUCCAGAAAAAAAUUCUUCUCAAACCGAGGUCUGUUUGUAGAAAUCGGGUGUUGUAUGUUUCGAUGUCGCAGCUGUUGGCAGCAUGAAGGAGAAAGAAGGAUGGUUUUUGUUGUCUGUCCUUUGUAGUAGCCGGAAUGAUCGAUACGUCGGAGCCAGUGUCGAUCAAAAAACGGACGUUGUUUACUCGAUCGAAAAUCAUUGAACAUCAGCUUUCCUCAUUCGUGCCCACUCCUGCCCAAGGAGUUUUUAUUCUCAGGUGAUACGAUCCUCAAAAAUGCCGAUCAGCCAUGUUGGUUUUAGAAACGACAGCUAACAACAUUUUUUAGGGGAGACGAGCCCUUAUUCAUUUCAUUAGUCGGGAUAUCACACUCUUUCGCGGAUAACUCGGCUUUCAGUGAUUGGAAUGCUCUUAAAUCGGUAUCAACAUCUUUGCUUCGUUCCUAAGAAGCAGUACAAUAAAAAAUCUCGCCUGGAAAAUGUAAAAUACUCCCGUUUGAGCGAAGCGAAAAGUCGAGUACAACACACCCUUAUUCGUCCUACCAUUUGAGCCAAUGCGUUGAAUAGAGAGAGCAGAUACUGCUCUAACUAAUGUGUUCAAAUGGGUAGGAUGAAUAGAGGUGCUAAGAUGAUUUAGAGCACAGUAACCCUACUAGCUCUCUCCAUAUGUUUGCUUGGAUUUCAGUGGGUAAACAAAGUUGUUCGCUGUCAUUUUUCUUCCCCGCAGUCUGCUGCACGCUUACCUCACUCCUCACCUAGUUACUGCCAAAGAUGAAUCACCUUAGAACUCUAAGCACCUUGCUCCUGCCGAUUGGAGCGAGCGAACCUCUAGUUUUUGGACGGACCGCGGAAAACUGCAGGGGUCGCGACACUGGCGAUCGUUAUUACCGUACUUCCUGUGGUACCAACACAGCUCACUGUUUACAUUUUCGUGAGCUCUCGAUACGCAACGGCUUCUGUCACUUCUGUUGACAUUUGACGUUUUUAAUUUUCGGAUCUUAGCUGUCAAGAAAGCGAUCUGUUCGUUUAGCUCGUCUCGUCUGGGUACGGAUCCUGCUACGCUCAAGCAUUUUGUCGGCCAUUUUGCCAGUUUCAAUAGUUCCGUCAUGAAUAGCCAAAACGGCUUUGACAUUUGCCGGGAGACGCUACAGGAAAAGCAUUUUCAUCAAGUUUUCAUCGACAUUAAACCCGGCUACAAGGUCCUGUAACUUGGCCAGCAAGUGUGUACGUCUUGGUAUAGGUUUAAUAUGGUCGCAACUGUUUAAAAAAUCGGUCCUUAAUCGUUUGGUACUUUCCUGGUUGCGGAGGGUUUGCGACAGGGUCAGAAAUAUGGCAGAGAACGUGAUCCACCUUCGCUAUUAUGUGAAAUAGUUUCGUUUCUUCUCGCGUGACGCCUGCAAAGACUAAUUGAGCUUCGGCUUGGGCAAACAACAUUGCCGGAUCGGUCCUUAAGAAAUCUGGUAAUUUGUCCGCUACGCAAGCGUCUGUUUAAUGGUUUUCUUCCAUUGUUCGGUAGAAGCUCAAGAGUGGCGAAUGAGCGAGACGCUGGCGAAAAUAUUUCGAUUCGGCCUUCCUUUUUUCUCGGUGAAAACAACACAAACUGCACUACGAAAACGGAAAUCGCCCUGGGGUCACUACUGUGGCGGUUCAAGAGGAAUUCGCGGCACGGUAAUAAAGAAUUCGAAACGGUUUUCGGGAUUAAAGCUUUUUAUUGCGAGGAACGUGUAGCGCGAUCUACGUAUCGAUGUCGAGGGGAUAUCCGAUGCCACAGUAUAUUCUCCAAUCAGAAUAUGAGGUAUUAAACCAAGCUUUUGUAUCUGUCAUAAGCUCAAAUUAAAUAAAUAUUAAAAUAUAUUUGGAAUGCAUAUUUUGUUUCUAAGGUCUGGUAGGUUAAAUACAAAUCAAUUAUCUAUCCCCCAUAUAUAAGUAAUAAUUGUUGAC